CCUUCCCCCCGCCCCCACCCCUACCCCCGGGCCGGCGGGACGGGCUGUUUCCCUCCUCACCUCAGUUCACCUCCUGCAUGCCGCCGGGCGCCGCGGAGCGGGGCCGCCCGCCAUGGCUGAGGCUGCAGCGGGGAGCGCCGAAGGCGCCGAGGAGGAGCGGCGCGGCGCGGAAGAUAAUUUCUCAAUAGAUGGAAACUCGUGCAUUGCUUCUGGAGUCCCCAGCCUCAUGAAUCCAGUAACUAAGCCUGCUACAACCACCUCUUUCAACACUUCUGUGGCUGAGAUUCCAAGGAAGCGCAAAGGAAGUGAUUCGGAUAACCAGGAUACAGUUGAAGUUGAUGGUGAUCCUCAGAAAAGGAGUGAAGAUGAAGAACAUGUUAAAAUAAAAGAUUUCAGAGAGGCUCACAGUCAAACAGAAAAACGAAGAAGAGACAAAAUGAAUAAUUUGAUAGAGGAAUUGUCAGCUAUGAUACCUCAGUGCAAUCCUAUGGCAAGAAAGCUAGACAAGCUUACAGUGUUACGAAUGGCUGUACAACACUUAAAAUCAUUAAAAGGUUCCACUAGUUCCUAUUCAGAAGUCCGGUAUAAACCUGCAUUUUUAAAGGAUGAUGAGCUCCGACAGUUAAUCCUUAGGGCUGCAGAUGGAUUCCUAUUUGUGGUUGGAUGCAACAGAGGAAGAAUUCUGUUUGUCUCAGAAUCAGUUUGCAAAAUACUCAAUUAUGAUCAGGCCAGUUUAAUUGGACAAAGUUUCUUUGAUUACUUGCAUCCAAAAGAUGUUGCAAAAGUUAAGGAGCAACUUUCUUCUUCAGAUGUCUCUCCUAGGGAGAAGCUCAUAGAUGGGAAAACUGGCUUGCAAGUACACACAGAUUUUCAAGCUGGACCAGCUCGACUGAAUUCUGGUGCUCGACGUUCCUUCUUCUGUCGGAUAAAAUGUAGUAGGACCACAGUCAAAGAAGAAAAGGAGUGCUUGCCCAACCCAAAGAAGAAAGAUCACAGAAAAUACUGUACCAUUCAUUGUACUGGGUAUAUGAAGAACUGGCCUCCUAAUGAGGUCGGAGUAGAAGAGGAAAAUGAUGUAGAAAAGGACAGUAGUAACUUUAACUGUCUUGUUGCAAUUGGGAGGUUACACCCUUAUAUUGUUCCACAAAAGAGUGGAGAGAUAAAAGUCAAGGCAACAGAAUUUGUUACACGAUUUGCCAUGGAUGGAAAAUUUGUUUAUGUAGAUCAGCGUGCAACAGCAAUUUUAGGGUAUCUGCCACAAGAGCUUCUAGGAACUUCUUGUUACGAGUACUGCCAUCAAGAUGAUCACAAUCAUCUAGCUGAAAAACAUAAAGAAGUGUUGCAGAAUAAAGAGAAAGUACUUACAAAUUCCUACAAAUUUAGAGCAAAAGAUGGAACUUUUGUUACUUUAAAGAGUCAGUGGUUUAGUUUCAUGAAUCCCUGGACCAAAGAACUGGAGUACAUUGUAUCAAACAACACUGUGGUAUUAGGUCAUAACGAGUCAGCUGGAGAACAGGUCCCCUAUGGUUCCCAGCCUGCAGAAGAUGCUGUAAAACAAUCUUUAGUAAGUGUACCUGGAAUGUCCUCUGGAACAGUUCUCGGUGCUGGAAGUAUAGGAACCGAAAUUGCAAAUGAAAUAUUAGAAUUGCAAAGGUUGCAUUCUUCACCAUCUGGAGAAUUAAGUCCAUCGCAUCUCUUGAGAAAGUCACCUUCUCCAGCUUUAACUCUAAACUGCAGCAAUGUGCCAAAUAAAGAGUUGGUUCAGUUAUGUCCUUCGGAAACAGACAUUCUAGAGACUUCAGAACAAAACCAGGGUGCUGUUCCAUUUCCCAAUAAUGAACCUCUUCUCAGUGGUAAUUCUCAGCUGGACUUUGACGCAAUAUGUGAAAAUGAUGACACUGCUAUGACGGCUCUUAUGAAUUACUUGGAGGCUGAUGGAGGACUUGGAGAUCCAGCUGAACUCGGUGAUAUACCAUGGGCUCUCUAGUUUUGCUUUUUCAAAAUCAGAAGGAAUGUGAAAUCUGUGAUGCACAACAACCGUACAUCCUCAGUACUGUAUUAUAAUUUUUUAAUGUUUCAUUUGAAUUCAUACUUACUGUCUAUAUAUUUUUGAAGACUGAAACCUUGUUCAGAGAGAGACAGUUUCUGCUGCACUAAUGGAAAAAUGCAAUAUUUUUUUCAUGAUGGGGAAACCUUGAAAUUUUAAUAUUGAACCAUCUGUAACUGGAAUGCUUAAAACACAUUACUAUAUUUUUUCUAAGAAGCUUUAACCAAAAGGUACUGUACAGUGUAUAGGAAUAUUUUUUCUUAGUUUUAAUACUUUUAUUUAUUGUUUUUGUUUCAAAUGGUAGAAAUAUUACCUAUGUUACGUUCCGUAGAGCCUACUGUACUUAGAAUUUAAGAAUAUUUAUAACUAUUAAAUUUCAUUGAAAUAAUGAUUUGCAUACACUAUAGUUGUAACAUAAGUUAUUGUAAUUCUCAAAUGAUGAAGUUUGUGACUCCUUGACCUUUUCAGAAGUGCAGUUUUUGUAAUCAAAAGUGAAAAUAAAAUAUACAGUUCUGGGAGCAAGGAUUUGAAUUAGAUCACCAUAACAAUCAGAAGAGAACAUUUUGAGAAAAAUAGCCCCUUCCCCAGCACGCAAAUAUAAGGGUAUAAGAAAAGAGCAACGAAAUCUUAAUUACUGUUUUGUACUUUUUAUAAUGUAUUAUUAGAGGAGUAGUAUGUAGAAACUAAGAAAAAUAAUGCUAUAACUGUAAUGAAGCACUUUGGUCUCGUCACAGGUUAUUUGAGAACUAGAGAAGUUUGUAUAGAUGGUCUUGGUUUCAGAUUGAGGUUAGCUCUAUCUGUUAGUGAAACAAUGAUGAAAAUCUAUAGUAUCUUACAGUCUGUUUUCUGAGAGAUUAGGGUGAUUUUCUAUUGCUUGAGUCUGUGACUUUUAAAAAUUUGUGUAAUAUAGUGCUGUCUGUAAGUAUGUACUGUAUAGGAUGAUUUUUUAUUGGGGGACAAUUUUGCAAGAAUCAGAUCCUAGUUACAGCAAAUUCCUCAAGAACAUGGCACUUAUAGGUUGCAUUAGAACAAUAUAGCAUUAAUAUAAAAAGUGAAUCUUAAUCUCUGGUAUUGCAGGUUUAGACAAAUUGUUGCAUCGAUUGUAUAUCAUAAAAGCAUAGUUUUCUGUUUGUUUGUUUUUUUAAAUUCAGGUAACGAAAGGAAAGCAUUUUAAGAUAUUUGAUACAUAUGCAUGUUCUUAAUAGCGACAUUUAAACAUAGAGCUUAUGGUAGUACCCGUCUCGUUUGUUUCAACACUAAAGGUAACACUAGGCAGCUUGUUUCAGAUCUUUUUUACAAAGGCUGAGGUGUGUGAACAAAUAGAUGCGGUAGCCGCUAGAUGUCACACUGCUCCUGUUGGCUAACUGCCCUUUUCUAGAUGAAUAUAUACUUUUGUCAUGCAUUGACUUCCUGUGCAUUGACAGAGGACCUUUUUAUCUUACAGAUACAAAUCGUUUUGCAAAUGAUUUUUUUUUUUUUUUUUUGGUGGCAUCUUGUCCAGAUUUUCUAGAACAGCUUGCUAGAUUAUUUUUUUAAGUCUAUAGAAUUUUUUUAGUAUUGAAUUUGCAUGUGAUUUCCUGCAUUCACUUGGAUUUUUUUUUACAGACAUGGGGCCAAAAUUAUCUGUUCUCUGGCUUUAUUGCAAUAAACUCUUUUGUUUUUUUCACAAAGAUUGUGAAAAAGAUUGUUGAUUUUGGGCUAUAUCGUGGAGCAAAGUGGGAAGAAUUAAACAGGCACUUUCUAGGAAUUGAUAGAAUUCUAUUUGUAUUAAUGAAAUUUGAGAAUUUCAGGUUUUGCCAUUGUAAAAUGCAUUUUUUCUUUUCUAUGCUUUUAAGUAAUAAGGUAAAAUUAAAUUCUAACUAAAACAAGAAAUACUGUAGCUAACACUGAUAAAUGAGUAAAUAAAUAACUUAAAAUUAUGCAGACUUUCCUCAACAUAGUUUCUUUUUUUUAACCAAAUUAGUUUGAAAAUGGUGCAGAUGUUAUUAUUGAAGAAGCAUGUUAAUUCUUGCACAAGAUUUAUAUAACCACUAUUUUUGGAUUCUUAUUGGAUUUCCCUAAAAAAUAAAAAUGAAAAAUAACUUUGAGUCUU